UUGUAGAAAUUAUUGAUUUUUGUGAUGGCGUCAACCCUGUCGUUGCUGAGGCUGUUUUAUGAGCUAAGUAUUUUAUUCUUUAUUAGUUUAUAUUGUCUUUAUGCUAAUUGUGAUCUGUAAUUUUGUAAUAUCUAAUGUAACGUAUUAUAUUUGUUUAAUUAGUGAUAAAGACGAUUAUUGUCUCAUGUAUUAUAGGUACAACUGCGCAGUUUUCUUAUCCUUCUUUUUCAAUCUCUUUUUCAGCAGUUAGUAGGUUGUGAACGGGCAGUAGAAAGAAAAAAUAAAGAGUUAAAUAAAGAUUAUUUGAUUUGGGUUACCAUUUUCUUUAAUUUAUGAAAUACCUACACUCAUAAAAAUAUUGAUUAAUCCAAAUAGUUCAAAUGAGUAGUAAUAAUAGUAAUUUCAUAUUUAGGACAGUAAUAUAUACUUUCUAGUUACACUUUUAUAAAUCUUUAUUAUUAGUGAAUUUAGCUAUAAUAACUUUUACUAAAUUUAAACUCUUAAUACUGACUAUGUAAUUUUUUAGAGUAAGACGUUGCAAUCCCUAAAAUAUCCGUUUAGUGACAAUUCCAUUUCCACAUCCUCUUUUCAUUUUUACAAUACAGUCCUUUGAGUUGAUUAAUUCUUUAUGGGCUUUUUUGACUUCCCCUGUUUUCGUUAUGUACUUUUGAAUAGUUUCAAUUCUAUUUCUUUUUCUAUCCGAUCUUAUACUUUCUUUAAUAUUUUUACUGAUUUCUGCUAAAUGUCUUCUUUUGUCUUCUUCACUUUUUAUGUUGAUCAAAUGGUUGCUUUGUCCUAGUCCUUUCCUGAUACAUGGAUUUUCUUCUCUUUUUAAACGACUUUUUCUAUUCGUUUAAAAGAGCACAGCACUGACCCCGGUUUGAUCUGGAGUUUUUUCCCCCAAAGAGCGGCACAUUUUGUUGUUUCUUUUACAAUUAUAUUCAAAUCUCCUUGAAAGUUCUCCUUGACGCUCGUAAUUAACUCCGAUUUGUCAACAUCGGAGUUAUUUAAGAGCGUUUUCUGUCACUUCCAACCCAAAAAUAAUUAUGUUGUUACUUUUCUUAUCUCUUUUCAAGUAUUCUAUCUCUUUCAAUAGAUUGGUAAUUUUUUGUUUAAAUUUUUCAUUUUCUUUAAUGACUGGAUUAAGUUUUUGUUCCAUAUAAUCCAUAAACUUGGCGUAAGAGAUUUAACUCGACCAUCCGUCUGAUUUUGCAUUUCUGAUUUCAUUUUAUUGAACAGCAUUUGAAAUUGCCCUUCCGUAUUGCUCAUAAAAAUUCGUUUCGUGAAAAGGAACGUAAGAACAGGUAAAAGAAAAUUUUUGUGCUGACAACACUGGCGUUGAUACCAACGUAACAAACUGACGUGUCCGGCUCCGGUUAAAGCAAAGUUAAACUUCAAAUUCAAAUUGACGUUCGGGAUAAAUGACGAGUAAUAUUCUAACCUCAAUUUAUGUUGUUAACAUUUCUCUGCUUCACUUUUCUAGGUAGAUCUUGAUAAAUAUCUGAAAGUUAUUCGUUGUACGUCUUACGGAGCUGUAAUUUUGUUAUUAGUAUCAGAGUGCACUCUGAAAUAUUUUAAAAUUGGCGUUUUGCUUCGGAUUAAAUCACAGUGGUGUUUACGCGUUAAAGACCGGAAACGGAAUAAAGGUUUUAAGUUAUGUUUUUGUAAAAGGGUUAACAGACUAAUGUGUGACAUAUAAAACAUUAUGGGGUUACAUAGGGAAAGAAAGUUUACACCCAUUUUUACGCGGACGAAUUCGCGUUCGUCCGCUAGUAUUAUAGAUACGUAUACUUGAUACUAAUAUUAUAUUUAUUUACAGACCGUUAUAUUGUGGAUGAUAACGAAAUAAAUCAUAUCAACCUACUCGAAGUCGAAUCUACUCGUUGAUUAACCUAUCGUCCGCACAUACGACGGAGAAUUUAUUCAAAAAUGAAACUUCUAGUCUGUCUACCUGAUUGUUUUUCCAUAAAAAAUCUUUGUUCGGUGAUCUGCAGAUAUUUACACAGAUUUAAAGAUUUUAUAUAUAAACUGUUUAAAAAAAUCGACAAACCUAUUAAAAAUGAGGAUACGGAAGUGUUGAAAGCGGAUGUGGAAGUUCAGAGGAUAUCGGUAUAUGUGCAAACAGGUUUAAGCGACGUUGAGUUACUUGUUUUGGAAAAGUUAAGCAAAGAUGACAACGCUGGAGACGACAUUAAGAUUAUUGACGAAACGAUAAUAUUUAUUAAUUUAUUUGAUAUUGUGAACACAGACAACGAGAUUAUGAGCGCGUACGGCAUGUCGAGCGGCGGCGAGCUGGACGCACUGUCGCGACGGCUGCGCGAGGCGGAGCGCGCGCGUGCGGACGCCGAGCGCGCGCACGCGGACGCCUUGGCGCAGCUGCGUGGGGCGCAACGCUCGCCGCACGACUCGCACAACGUCGAGCAACUGCAGUCCAGAGUGCGGGAACUUGAGAAGAAGGCGGCGCUAGAGACGGUUCGCUGCGAGGAGCUGCAGCUGGAGCUGUCGUCCGCCAUGCGCGCGCGCGGCACCUCCACCACCGCCACCUGGUCCACGCAGGCCUCGCAGCCGGCCUCGGAGAUAGAGCGCAUCAUGGCCAAGAUCGAACAGGACAAUCGGAUUCUGGCUGAAUUGGAAUACUCUAGAUCUACGACUCAUGGAAUACAAACAAGCGGAUCAACCCAGGCGUUUGGAGAAUUCCAUUCACCCACACCGUCGCCUUUACCCCAUUACACAAGCACGAGCGGCCACACAGCGCUCUGUCAGAGCAACACCAUGCCCACUCUGUCUUCUCUGCACGCCACAUCUCAUUUCACUGCCCCUAGCUCUAACUCCGUGGCCUACUCUAUGAGUGCGCACAAUCCUACUUCCUUUUCGAAUCCUAAUUACGGCAUGACAAAUACACAUCAGGUCACGUUUACUAAUCCUGUUACUGCCCCCCUUGUGAACAAUAUUAGUCAAAUCUCUAGUACUCUGGCAGGGUUACAAUCAAAUAUUCAAAAUCUUGGAAACGUUUCUGCUAUGGGCCUGACUAGCACACUGGGUGGACCAACCAUCACAGGUACUAUGACUGGAACAGGGCUUUCUAGUUGCCUAAAUAAUCCACCAACUAGUUUAUCUGGAGGUCUUACGAGUACACUUGCCGGUUUAGCUUCAAAUUUAAGUAGUGCAUUGGGAAAUCCUCUAUCCAACCUAACAGGAGGAACGCAACUGGGAGCUUUGAAUACUAGUCUGACUGGCACAAGUGCAUAUGGAGCUGGCUCUGGCACUUACACGAAUCCACUUCUGCCAAGUGGCCUGGGAACAAAUCCCAUGAAUAUUAAACUUAAGCCGAUAGAUGAGAUAGAUCUUGGCUUGAGUCGAUUUGCGGCAACCAAUCCAUCUAUGAUUAGAGCUACAACACCUGUGACUCCGCACCAACCUGCUUGGAACCUAGGAUUAGAUAGCCAAUUUGGAACUGAUAGAAUAGGAAAUACCGACACAUUUCUCCACGACCGAGGGCAGAGAUCUAUAAGAAUGGUGCCCAACAACAUGAUGUUGGACGUCGAUGUACGGAAUACGCAUUAUAUGAAUGGAGGUGCCACUUCUGAGCCGCAAGUUGAUAUGUUAGAUAUACCAGGAAAAGGUCGGUGUUGCGUUUACAUCGCCAGGUUCUCUUAUGAACCCCCAGAACUUGAGACUGCGGAAGGAGAAUUGUCCAUCUGCGCUGGUGACUACCUCUUGGUAUGGGGACCUCCAGAUGCCAGUGUAACAAUGCUCGAUGCCGAACUGUUAGACGGUCGACGAGGUCUCGUACCCGCAAAUUUUGUACAAAGAUUGGUCGGGGACGAUCUCUUGGAGUUUCAUCAGGCCGUAGUAGCUACAUUGCGUGAUGCUGAUGAAACUGCAACCACAGCUAUAAGUGACCUGUCGCUCAGUAGAGAUGUGGCACGUCUUAGUGAAAUGGCAGAUAUCAGUGAGUGUCCUGAAGACGACGACAAUGGCCCCAAGCUGUUUUUCUCGUCGUUAGUGCCCGCGCCGCGGCAGCUGACCCUGGAGAGGCAACUCAACAAGUCCGUGCUGAUUGGAUGGACAGCGCCCGAGGGGGUUCAGCAGGCGAACAUCGAAAGUUACCACGUAUACGUCGAUGGCGUCCUGAAAACGACGGUUAAAGCGACCGAGCGCACGCGCGCUUUGGUCGAAGGAGUAGAUGCCAAUCGGCCGCAUCGUAUAAGCGUCCGUUCGGUGACGGUGAACAGACGGACGUCGAGAGACGCCGCCUGCACCAUGGUGAUAGGACGGGACACGGGCAACAUGGGACCCACGUGUGUGAGAGCGAGCGGAGUUACGUGUUCUCAGGCUGUGAUAUCAUGGCUUCCGGCUAACUCCAAUCACCAGCAUGUCGUCUGCGUUAAUAACGUUGAAGUACGCACAGUGAAACCGGGUGUUUACAGACACACAAUAACGGGCCUGUCGCCGAGUACUCAAUACAGAGUCACAGUAAGAGCCAAGCACCUGAGGGCCGGCCCGCCCGGAGUUUUGGUCGAAGAGGCCCCCGGGGCUUACACCGACUUCAGAACUCAGCCAAAAGGUCUGCCGGAUCCGCCAAACGAAAUACUGGUGGAAGCUGGACCCCAGGACGGCACCCUGCUAGUGACGUGGCAGCCGGUGCUGCGCCCGCCCGCCUCGGGGCCCGUCACGGGGUACGCGGUGUACGCCGACGGCAAGAAGGUGACCGACGUGGACUCGCCCACCGGCGACCACGCGCUCAUCGACAUUGGCAAAUUGAUCGGCCUCAAUCCCAAAUGCGUCACUGUGCGAACUAAGUCGCGGGACAGCCAGUCGUGCGACAGCGUGUCCACGGUGAUACCGCCGGCCGUGAUGCGGGGAGUGGUGGCCAGGGUCCCGCGAGGGCCAGGCGUGGGCCCCAACCAGCCCCAGCCCCAGGGCUUCCGAGGGCAACGACCCCAGCCCUACCAGCAACACCAGCAAGUGAUUGAGCACGACGAGAACCUCUCCGACAAAGAGAUAUUCCCCACCGCCAACCGACACGACCCCCAGACCACUCAGCCCACGAGCGGAUUCGGCACAGGCCUCCUAAAGAGUAUAUUCGACAAAAUAACCCCUUCGCAAUCGGGGAUACCGGCCAUCGAAAUCACUAAAGAGGCAGCAGUGGAGACCAAUAGCGAAGACGAGGAGGCGACGCGCCGCCGCCCGCAGCAGCCGUCCCAACCUGCACAAGCGUCGCAGCCGCCUUCGGCGCAGCAGUUCCCGAGUACACCAGCCUACCAUGGCACGCAGCAACCCCCCUUUCAACAGGGCGGCCAGUUCCCAAGUAACCAGCCGACCCAGUACCCCAGCCAGAUCCAGCCGUAUCAGAACCCUCCGCCCAGAAAUCAUCACGAAAGAGGACGCCCCCCUAAUCCUCACCAGCAGCAAAUGCAGCAAGGGCAACAUGGCCCAAUAGUUUCCUAUGGCACACGAGGCGGUGCCCCGAUGGGUCCCAGAGGCCCUGGCCCAGGCCAACGCCCUCAAGCGGCUAAGAGAUGUCGCUAUUUCGUGGCGCUAUUUGACUACGAUCCAGCAACGAUGAGCCCUAACCCUGAGAGUUGUGAAGAAGAACUGCCUUUUAGUGAAGGAGACUUCAUAAAGGUAUGGGGUGACAAGGACGCUGACGGCUUCUACUGGGGAGAGAGCCGCGGUCGUCGAGGCUACGUGCCCCACAACAUGGUCAUCGAGGUGUCGGAGCAAGAAGCACUAGGGCAGGUGGCCACGAAACCCCGCGACAGGUGGUCGGAAGCUCACAAUCAGCCUUUGCGAAGAAUGGUCGCUCUUUAUGACUACGAUCCGCAGGAGCUGAGUCCUAAUGUCGAUGCUGAUGUACGUGAGCAUGCCUCGUUGGUGGAGCUGAGUUUUCAUACGGGGCAAAUUAUCCAUGUGUAUGGAGACAUGGACGACGACGGCUUCUUCAUGGCAGAGAUUGACGGCGUGAAGGGACUGGUGCCGAGUAACUUCCUCGCGGAUGCUACGACUACCUCCGACUACGUACCACAAAUUCCCCCAGGCGUUGGAGUAGUGGGUGGGAGACCAGCGGUCACUGGAGCAAAUCCAGGAGGUCAAGGCCGCGGCCGAGGGCCACCCCCUGGCCCUGGCGCACGAGGCCCGCCCCCACCCCCUCGCGACAACGUCGCUCCAGCUCCCAGGAAUCACCUCCGAAAAACAGAUGCCUGCCCUCUUCCCCCUUCUCAGUUAGACCACAACACAUGCGCCAGUAAUCCAGAACAGGCGAAUUCUCAGCAGGCGAGGGCGAGAGGCGUGGUGAGCGCGCCGCAGACGAGCAGCGCGCGCACGAGCGCUGGUAACGCCAGCACGCCCACGGUCGCGCAGUCGCCCGGCACCGCGCCCACGCUGCCCAUGCCGCCCGUGGGCACCACCACGGCCGUGAGCACGUCGCCCGCGCGUCGCGGUGGACCGGCCGUGGUGCCCGCGCCCACCGCGCAGCCGCCCGCGACGCAACCGCAGCAGCCACCCACGUCGCAGCCCAACCUCAUGCAGAAGUUCACCGAGAUGACGGCGCCCGGGGGUGACAUCCUAAGCAAGGGCAAGGAGCUCAUCUUCAUGAAGUUCGGCCUCGGCGGCAAAUAAUGUCGGCACGGCCUCUAGGGCCUUCAUCCUCGUGUGAGUGAAUGCGACCUCUUCGUGUCCCUACGCCUGAGCGCAGGGUUCUGAUGCUGUUUCUCUGUCGGCUGUUUCAUUUGGCCGAGUUGUGUAUUGAAUUUUUCUACUCUAGGCCCAUUCGAUUUACUUGUAACCGUAAGUCUUGUAAAUAAUUAAAAAUUAAAAAGAUUCAAUAAACGCACAGUUUAGCGAAUAUUCAAAUAUUUAGUGGUCUCGAUAGUACGCACGGUUGACGGUAAACACCCAAAUGGUUAUAGUUAUGUGUAAUGUUUUCUAUCUUCCAAACCUGUGCCCUUCGGCCGGGUUAGUUUGUAAGUGUCCGUCGGCCAUGUUGUAGAGGACCAUCACAGUCAACCUCAGUCUGUAGAGGUGCAUCAUUCAAAACUGCUUAAGAUGGUCCUGCACAAUAGUCGGCAUCGUAUUUAUUUCAUGUAUAACUACGUAUUCUCCUUAUUUAUAUGCACUCUGACUGUUACUUCCAAUAGGUUAGAUUGCGAACGUUUUUAUACGUUGUUGAUCGCUAGAUAUCAGUUUCCUUAUCAGAUAAAAUAAACGAAUCUAGUCUCGCAACAUAAGUGGUCAUGUUUUAUAAUGGCGUAGGUACUAACGACACACGGUAAAUCACCGAGUGGUCAUUUGUGGUCACUUGGUUGAACCUGCAACCGUCCCUACAGAACUGUUUCGUAGUACGAGAAUGCAUAUCAAGCAAGCAUAAAUUGUUUUGGAGUAUCAAACCGACUGUCAUGCAGUUUUCCCGUCAUUCGUAAUCCGUCUCACGUUCUCUUUGCGACAGUAUACUUAAUUUUGCUCGCCUGGUUUUCUCCUACAAUUCGUAAAGAAUUAGUUCUUCUGUCGGGCGUAGUGGAUAUGAAGGCUUCUUGAAUAUGCAGUCUUCUACUAAGGAUUCUGUAUCCAAUUAUACCCGAAAUCGACUUGGCAAUAAUCAUGCGGAAGUGUGAGUGAUCAUAAAAUAAUUACAUGUUUCAAAUAUUUAUAAUAAUGUUGAAUAUUGACUUGCAAAUUUUACAUAUAUUUUAAAAUAAUAAAAAAAUCUUAACGAAUGUUACAUUCUAUUCAAUGUUCUUGAUAUGAUAAGUUCUGUUAAUAACAAUAAUAUUAAUUAAUUAUUUUAUAGAUGGGUGUAGGUACGGAUUUACGUACUUGAGUAACUAAUGUACCUAUCUAACCUGAGUAUCUGACAUACCUGCCUGAGCUUUUGGUUUAAGUUUUAAGUUAAUGUUACGUGAAUGUUUUUUUGGCGGAAUUCUAUUCUUGAUCUGUGUUAACCAUAGAAAAUACAAGAUAUGGUUGUUUAGGGUAGUGAAGAAAAAGAGGAUACCUACUCUGAAAUUGCGAAUAUCUAGUAUCGACUAAACCAUCCAGGCAGUCUAAAUUUCAGUGUGGAAAAAUUAUUUAAGACAUCAUUUAUUUUUCUUUCUAACUUAUUAUGGAUAGUGUUAUAGCGCCAAUGCAGUGGUUUGCACAAGAGUGGGCACUAUACGUACAAAAUGUACAAAAUGGAAAAUUCCUUUUCCAAUACAGAUUCGCAAUGACUCAGGGAAGCCAGCGCAUUUAUGCAUCUACGAAAAGCACGCUACUGUCUUAAUGGGACCUCUACGGCUUCAUCGUUACCUUUACUACGGUGUUGAAUUUGCAAAUGUUACCUACACAGAGUUUCACAGAGAUAUACAGAGUUACACAGAGUUUCACAGACUAUCAAACAGAGUUGGACUAUACCAGAACUUGUAUAGUAGUGGAACAUUCUCAAUCUAAGAAUUUUCCAUAUUAUGUGCAUUAUGGUUAUUUAUGAAGUCAUUGCGCCAAUAUGACGACCGAGUGGAAACCAAGGCAAGAAUUAAAUGGCGCCAUGAGUUUACGUACAUCAGGGCACUCAUACGAGCGAAUCCUAUUGAAGUUUUCAAUACAUUUAUAACUAAAAUAUUUUGAAACAUAUUGACGUUAUACGAUGCGUGGAAUAAAAAAUAAUUUUGCUCAGAUCGCUUUCAUUUAAUCAGUCUAUACGCUUAAUAAUAUUGCAUAAUUCGUAAUAAUGCACAAUAUAAUUUAUUGAUAGUCUAGGGGUCACUUGACUGAAACGCAGAUAGUAUCAGUUCAAGGUAGGUACAUUCAGUUUUCAGUAAAAAAGUAGCAGUUUCAACAUCUUGCGACUUUAAAAUAAUGUUAAAUAUUUCGCGGUCUCUGUUAUCUUCCGCUAAAUAAAAUAAAUUACAAGGCCAUAAAUGUAUCGAGCCACUAAAAGACUGCAUGAAUGAGAGUUGUAUUAUUUGAAAAAUUUCAUAUAACUUUAUAUUUAUCGUAUAAAUUUAAAGCAUAACUAAUCACAUUGUCUAUCAUUACUAAUCGAUUUGAAAUUCGAGAACCGACACUAACUCUUAAACUUUUACGAUGCCCAUUUAUCCAAUAAUCAAUGGACAUGUCCCAAAAUGGGCCUUUAUUAUUUAUAAUUUACAAGCAGGUCGAUAGUAUUUUUUACGGAUAGAAGAUACAAAUUGCUGUUGAGAAAAUAAUUUUCAGAAUUUUUAGGACCCGCAUUAAUUAGGUAAAUAUUUUUUUGUUUCACUCCCUUGUCCAAAUUAAACAUGGACAAUACAGUAAAAGUGUUCAAAACAGCCAAUAAAACUGUCAAUGUCAUGUAAUAAGGACACAAGUUAAAAUGAAACAUUAAAUCGUAGACAGUGAAGCAUUAAACGAAAAAAAUCCUUAAAUUGCUUUAAAAACGCCGAACGCUAAUACGCGAAGAUCACUGAAAAUCUGUCAGGGUGUGAUUUACAAACAUGCUGCCAUGAUAAAAAUUCUUAAUGUUGUCAACUAAUGAAAAAAAUACAAUAUUUAAUUAAUUUAAAAAAAAUGCAGGAUUCAAUUUUUUUUUAUUUUGGGUUUUAAGCCCUCUAUUUUAUGUUCUUUUAAGAUAAAAAUAAUUUGUUCUGCUAAGUUGACACUCGGAAUAAAGACCCAGCCUCCAUACAAAAUUGGGACAUGUCCUUUCCAAAAAAAUCGAUUAUUAUUGAUAGUAUUUUAACCACUCCUUUCAAAAUACCCAUUGCUUUGUUUUUUUAUACAAAAUUAUCUUAACCAUCUCUUUCAUUAGGGAUAUUAUAGUAUCUAUUUAUCUAAUCAAAGUAGUUUCUACUUAGUAGUAAGUUGAAAUGGAAGUAAAACCUAGCUUAAUUUUAGACUACCUUAUAGGUAAUAUCGGUUGUUUCACAUCAUGAAAUCUGCAUAAGCAUCUAGAUAAGCUUGCUCUUCCUAAACAGGUGUUAGAGAAAUACUGUACUUUGUCUUUAAUAGAGAAAAGUUCUAUUUUUCCCUUCGUCCGCAUAAAAUUUCUAAACUACAAAACUGACAACCUUGAAAUAGUAACGGGAGAAUCAUUAACAUACUUCCUUUCUAACAAAAAAAGAUUAAAUAAAACUACGCCUUUGAUAAAUUAAUAGACAUUUUGACUUUUAUACUAUCUCCUUAUAUUUAGUUUUAUAAUUACUCGUAAGUAUUGAUUAGUGUUGAUACCCUAAGGCUACUAUGCACAAUUUUGAAAAGAUCAAUUACAUCGUACAUUCAGCAGGUAUAAUAGAUUAAUUUUCGUGUAACACGUUAAUUUUAAGGUAUCAACUUAGUUACUUCAUACCAAUUAGCAUUAACCUCUUCCGAUUAAAUACUUUACAAGUUCAUCAAUUAUUUAAAUAUUGCCCGCGUUACAGUUUCAAAGUUCAUAAUUUCAUAUUUAAGAAAAAAAGGAGAAGAAAAUUUUUCAAUGACAAUAAUAUUAGAUAGAUUUGAAAAUAGUGCAAAUACGGACCAACUGUUCUAUUUUACCGUUAUUCCUAAGUAACGUGUAUUCUGUUUGUUUUUUUGAUACUUAAGGAUAUGUGAAAUCUAUAAACAACUUAAUAUUUUAAUUACGAAACUGGAAAACAAGUGCUGAUUGAUUUAGCGAUUAUAAGCUAAAGGGCAACAGUGGCGUAGCGAUAGGGGGGCAGAGUGGGAAAUUGCCCUGGGCGGCAUUCGAGAGGGGCGGCGGUAAGGCAUAUACGUUCCACUUUCAACACAAUGCAUGUUAGAAAAGUCAUACGUGAAAAAAUACUGUACCUAGUUGUUUCAUCUUAACAUAUCUUUAAGAUAUCAGUCUCUUAAUAGACUUUAUUUGCGUACUUGGGAUUUUCGUAAUUUACGGUUGAUUUCUAAUAUCGAUCAAUUUAUAAUUUUUGUAUUAUUUGAUUUUGAUCAAAACAAUUAUUUUUAAUUAUCGUUUUGUCUAGUAAUAGUAUUGCUCAAUCAAGUUGAUUGAUCGUCAGAUAAGAGAAAGAAUUAGAAAUCAGCCGUUGAAGUUUUCAACUAUCGAUAGCAAUGGAUAUCUUUGCAACGAGUGGUUUUAAGCCGCUUCUCAAUCAGCUGAAAGGACUCUAAAAUGCUGUGGGUGUAUAUUCUCUUCAAGAAUCAAAUUACCGUUUUGAUCUCACCAAUGAAAUAUUAUUAUUUAUUAUUAAAAGCCAAAACUUAAGAUACAAACAUAUUUUUUAAACAAUAAAUAAACUACAUUACAAAGAAAUUGCCAAGAUUAAUAAUCUAACACUGCAACGUUUUUGGUCCUUUCUCUAGCUGAAGCGGCAAUAGAUAGGCAUGAAGUAUUAUAACAUGGCGUUUGAAUAAAAAUAAAAUACUUCUAUGGCUGGUUUCACAUCUCUAUAAUUUUGAUGUAUCUCCGCCACUCGCACCAACUAAACAUGAUUCAGCAUCGGUAUUGCAUCGCAUCUUGUAUUUUGCGCCCUAACUAGUUUUAUCACUGAACGGAGACACGUCAAAAUAACACGAGCGUGGACCUAUACUAUGGUCGUUGUACAUAUUCGGUAAGUUUGCUUGAACUGUAGGCUAUUUGAAUGCUCACUUCGUACAAGGGAAUCUCUAUUAAGUCCUUAUAAUGGCUUUGUAACCAACGACAUUGAAUAUUUAAAUCUUUUCACGUAUAAAUAAAUCCAGUUAGCUUGCUCUUAGUAAUAACCAUUCAUAUUUAACAUGCUUAGUCGUGCUGUUUAUUCAACAAUUUGUACACGGCCGAUUACGUUGCAAGCGAUGCGAGCGCCUUUUUUAAGAUACUUGUAAGAAAAACAAACCAAAACAAAUCAUUUUGUUUAUCCUUACAACUGAAUUGUAAAAAUUAUGUGAAUGAAUGAAUUUUAUACUUUUUUGUUACUAUUGAAUCGUUAUAUUAUAAGACUUUUUUAUGAAUCAUAUUUGUUUUUCAGUUGUCAUUCAGUUUCUAUAUUUGCAAUAUGCGUAAAAAUUGCAAUAACAUCCUUACUAACGAAAUAUGGUGGACCCAUGUAAAUUAGAUGUCCAGUAAAGUUGUUACAAAAUACACAAUAAAUGUUAAAAACAAAUCAUAUCAAAAAUAUCGCUCAGUAGUCGCACAUCGCAUCGCUUGCAGUACGCAGCCCUAUUUAUGUAUGUUAUUUACAACGGUUGUACAUAAUCGUUCCAUUACGGACAUUAGCUAAGCUCCUGGCUACAUAUCUACCUAUAAAUGUAUGACCGAAGCCUUAGGGUAAGUUUUCAAAGUUGAUGUUGGAAUACCCGUUAAUGUGACAUUCUAUGAACGACUAGAAUGUGAAGUCCACACAAAAUUGACAUUUUGUCGAGAUUUGAUGAAGCUGAAAACUUAUGCUAGGUGCUCUAAAUAUUUGAGGUUUUUCUAUAUUAAAAUAUUCUAGCGUUACGUCUAACAGCGUUCAAAGUUGUUCACUUGUUUAUACAUUGUUAUAAAUAUGUACGAUCUGUAUCCAUAUCUUUUAUCACAUGUACCUAUGUGUAUGGUUAUUUAUACGAAAUAUAAAUAAUUAUUGUAUAUUAAUCGUGCAAUCAUAAUUUAAUAUGAAGAGUUGUGUAUUAUACUUAAUAAAUUAUGGCAACUAUAAUAAAAUAAACCUUUAAAAAUGUACCAAAUACGCUGCGAAGAAAUAAACAAUACAAAUGCCGCUUCUUUA